UUUUGCCGAUAAACAUUAGAAUGACCCCACACAACCUGUUUAAAAGCGCCACUCUACACAACCUGUUUCGUCGUAUCAAUAACCCCACAUGUAAACAAACUCAGACAUCACGGUUCUCAGAUGUCAAGAUCAUUUUACGCCAGUUUGCCAAAUGAUUUUCAGAGAAAGUAUCACUGUGGGGACUGGAACGAAUGACCGCAAAAGCGCGAAAAUUUGAUGUCGUCAUUCAAAAGUAAAUCGAAGUAAAAUGAUAAUUGAUCGGGAAUAAAGAUGAAUUUUGGAACCAUUAUUGCAUACUCUUUUGUUCAAUACUGGACAACAUUGGUAACAUCAAGUGUUCCGUAUUGGAGAUAUGAAUUAGGCAGAUCAUGGCCAAACAGAAGACUCGAAGUGGGAACAUGGUUCGAUAUUGAAUGUACAAGACAAGAAUGGGCCAAUGACAAAUUAAGUUGGUACUUCGAAGAACCAUGGUGUGAAAUUUAUAACAGCCGUCUGCAAAGAACUCAAGCAAGGUGCAACAUGAACGGUGCAUUUGGAUUCGGUGUCGUAAAUGGAACAAGCGUUAAGGAUUACAAAAUUCUGAAGGUUUAUUCCAACAAAAAUUACUUUGGAUGGCAUGCUGUUAGAAAAAUAAACAGGAGUGGUGAUAACUUGAUUAUUGAUUUACGCCUAAAGAUAACCGAGUCAAACGCAUAUUUCCAAAACAAUUCUUCCAAUUCAUCAGAGCAUUCUAUACGGCUUACAAGAUUGUUCAACUCCAAAGGAGAAACACCUAAAGUUGAAUUCAAACAAAACUUGAAAAGUUCGUUGUUAAGAGAAGUGACAGAUAUUUCAUUCGAUCAUAUAAAUGGGUAUCAACCUACAUUUUGUUUUAUAUCCUUUUGCAUAUCAUAUGCCAGUUUGAUGUUGGCAUGCUUAAACGCUAAAUUCCGUGAAAUGACAUCAGUUUACUCCCAUUUGAGAAUAUUUUUUCAGAUUUUUGUUUAAUACCCUCCACCUUCAAAUGAUAAA